AUGCUGGUUAGGGCACUCCUGCUGCUAAGCCGUAGUGGUGUCCGCCUAAGAUCCAGCAGGGGCAGCAGGCUGGUCACUGGUCCCGGAAACAAUAGCAUGGCCGAGGGCUAUGAGAGAGGCCGGGAGGGCCUGUGCUCCUGGCUGUGGUUGGAGGAUCAGCUGAACCGAGCGGGGAAGCUGGAGUUUCCUACAGCUGUAGGGCUCUGUGCCCCUCCCACCUCUCCUCCUCUCCCGGCCCCACCGAGGCUUCUCCGAUGGGUCUCACAGGCUACACCCCCUCCAUCCUCCUGUCCCAUCUCUAGCCGUGGGUGGGGCCUGUGCCUGCACGACCCUCCUGCCAAGGACAUCAUCGACUUCCCCUCGGUGCCGCCUGGCGUCCUCUAUGAUGUGAGCCACCAGUGCCGCCUCCAGUAUGGGGCCUACUCUGCCUUCUGCGAGGACAUGGAUAAUGUCUGCCACACACUCUGGUGCUCUUUGGGGACCACCUGUCACUCCAAGCUGGAUGCAGCUGUGGACGGCACCGGGGAGAAUAAGUGGUGUCUCAAUGGAGAGUGCGUACCCGUGGGCUUCCGGCCCGAGGCCGUGGAUGGUGGCUGGUCUGGCUGGAGUGCCUGGUCCAUCUCGCGGAGCUGUGGCAUGGGUGUACAGAGCGCCGAGUGGCAGUGCACGCAGCCUACGCCCAAAUACAAAGGCAAAUACUGUGUGGGUGAGCGGAAGCGCUUCCGCCUCUGCAACCUACAGGCCUGCCCCGCUGGCCGCCCCUCCUUCCGCCACGUCCAGUGCAGCCACUUUGAUGUUAUGCUCUACAAGGGCCAGCUGCACACAUGGGUGCCCGUGGUCAAUGACGUGAACCCCUGCAAGCUGCACUGCCGGCCCUCAAAUGAGUACUUUGCCGAGAAGCUGCGGGACGCUGUGGUCGAUGGCACCCCCUCCUACCGGGUCUGGGCCAGCAGUGAGCUCUGCAUCAACGACAUCUGUAAGAACGUGGGCUGUGACUUUGAGACUGACUUCGGUGCUAUGGAGGAUUGCUGUGGUGUGUGCCACGGCAACGGCUCCACCUGCCACACCGUGACUGGGACCUUCGAAGAGGCCGAGGGCCUGGGGUAUGUGGACGUGGGGCUGAUCCCAGCCGGCGCAUGUGAGAUCCGCAUCCAGGAGGUGGCCAAGGCUGCCAACUUCCUGGCACUGUGGAGCGAGGACCCGGAGAAGUACUUCAAUGGUGGCUGGACCAUCCAGUGGAACGGGGACUACCAGGUGGCAGGGACCACCUUCACAUACGCACGCAGGGGCAACUGGGAGAACCUCACGUCCCCGGGUCCCACCAACGAGCCUGUCUGGAUCCACGUGCCUGCCUCCUGAGGCCCAGGGUCGGGGAGCAGAGGCGCAGUCCCCAGGCCCAGCACCCCCCAUGGCAGGUCUCGUCCUGGAGGAGUGAGCCCUGGGUCAGUCACAGAGCCUGGCUCUGAGCCAGGCCCUCCUGCUGUGGCCUCUACCUUGGUUUCCCUAUCUUUAAAAUGGCCCAGUGGUGUAGCUGCAGUUCACAGAGGUGGCUGGGCGGCUCCUUUAGGACUGGGUGGAUGGAGAAGACACCUUGUGCUCACAGGCUCCUGCCUGCCCACCCAGCUGCUGUUCCAGGAGAACAACCCCGGGGUGCGCUACGAGCACACCAUCCACAGGGAGGCAGGCGGCCACGGCGAGGUCCUGCCGCCCGAGUUCUCCUGGCACUGUGGGCCCUGGACCAAGUGCACAGUCACCUGCGGCAGAGGUGAGAAGUGGGGCAGGCACAGCCUCGCCAGCAGAGGCUUUGUCUCUAGACAGGGACGCUGGCUUCAGCUUCCAGCUCACUGCUGGGCCACCACGGGUUUGGAAGUUGGCUUCUCUGAGCCUCAGUUCCCCAUCUGUGAGAUGAGGCUGGCAACUGCCCCAUGUCCCAGGCCCACUGGGAGGGUAAAUGGAUGA